UACGCACCGCUGCUGUCAACUGCAGGUUGAUACAGCAUAAACAUACUCGUUAUGCAUACUAUAUAACGAAAAUUCCUUUUCAAAAAUAGAUCAUUUUAUCGCGAAUGACCUUGGAAGAUGUUUGUGAUGUUCUUCUGUUACGUAUUGUCACACAAUAAUGAAUGUAGUCACCAACGUGUCUAAUAAAAAACGAUGUGCAGCGUUCAAUUCAAAUGCUGACUUCUGCACCUCUGUGUGCGCGCGUGUGUGUGUAUGCGUGACAUUCACCCUAAAAUAGCGAGCUCGUUAUGUGAUCCCUGCUGCUGCCUCACACUGGCGCACAGUCGAACAACAGCAGUGUGCGAAACCGUACACAAAAGCGUAAAGGGCACAGCCGAAAAAAAAACGCAGGGUGUCCGCAGUACGGCGAAAACAGUAAGGUGUGUGCGGUUGUUGCGCGCAGUGCUCUUGUUUCUCUCGCGUUUGUGCGCUUCUGUUCCACCAAGGUGUGUGUGUGUGAGCGUGUUUAUGUGUGCGUUGUGUGCCGAAAUAGAAGCUAAAACAAUAGAGCAGUACGAGUGCGCGAAACGAAAAGCACGCACAUCCCCAUUGCGCUGUGUUUCUGCAGGAUUCUGCUAGCCUUUUUGCUUGUGGCCGUCACGACGGGGAAAGGUUUUGCAGUUUCGCUUAUGUUGGUACGAAAGUGAAAAAAGUGGUUUACACCCUGCCCUGCCUCUGCGCUAUUGGUUCGCGGAAAACAACCACCAGGAAGGAGGGGGGGUUACACAACACGAAAACAGUGAAAGCGAACCAGUGAGUGAGUGAGACUGAGAUGUGCGAUAGAAAAUGGUAGUAGCAGCAGUAGCUACGCCAAGAUUUGCCAGAGUUUUGUGUGUGUUUUUUGAGAGUCCUUGUUAAGUCGACCAGCAAUAAAAGCGACAAUUAAGCGGCGGUGGCGUUUAUGUUGCUAAGAGAGCUUACUGCUAACCUUGUUCAGCGUCCUACAGUGUGUGUCCCAGCACUUCCAUCCAAGUAGACACAGAGCGAAGUGCAACGAAGUGCUGUCGAGAAGAAAGAAACCGCGCGCGUCCGGCCCUAUCUGUUGGAGCAAACGAAAGAGUUUUUGCAGAAAGCUUUAAUUAACGAAACGAGGUAAAUUAGAACGAGCAAACUCUCUUGUGUUACUGGCCCCCGCACACACACACACCCACGCGAAAGGACGACACGCGGAAUGACGAUAAGCAUCUUCGUCUGGGAGUGAAAUGGAACGAUAUUAGUUACACAUUGAGCAACAGCAGCAGCAGCAGCACUUGAACAGCAGCAGCACUUGAACUGAUAAAUGAAGCGGUGAAGCGGUUUGAUUGAUUAAAGAUAUUUUUAUCAGCAAUCACAUCGUGAGAGACAUUGCGAGCAUCGCUCUGUGCCGUCGCCCGCGUGUGUGUGUGUCAUCAGUGGGCGCGAACAUCAAUGUAAAGGAGAAAAGUACGAAGAACGAUAUCUGGGCCGUGCGUGUGUGUGUCGUCCGUUGUCAUCGGGUCGGUGCUAAAUCCGUGAGGAACCGGGAAACCCCAAUAGCCGGCAAAAAACUACAGCAGCUCUGAAAAUAACCGCACCCAGGGGGGGGAGACACAAUGGGUGGCCCUAGAACGUCCAUCUUCCUGCGGCAGAAAAAGUUCCAGUUCGUGCUGGUUGCAGCCGUUGUCGUCUUCUUGAUAGUGCUGUUUCCCAAUCUUUACGAUUCAGACAAAAAGCACGAAACCGAGGAAACGAAUGUCCUUACGCGGUUAGAUCUGCCACGGAGGAGCAAAAAAGGGUUUCCACACAAAGAAGACUACGAAAAGGAGUAUCCCUUGCUGUUGGAAAACGAGCAGCUAGUAAUUUGCUACGAAAGCAAUGUGGACUCGCGAAAAGCGCUGUACGCUGCCACCACGCUAUCUGAUGUCACGGACGAACCGAGCACUACGCAGCGAAAUCAUCACCAGCAAGCUCCUCAACAGCAGUCGCAGCAGGUCAAUGGUACGGAGCCGGUGAUAUACUUUGUGACGCCGACCUACCCCAGGCGCGAGCAGAUCGCGGAAAUAAUUCGCCUCGGCCAGACGCUGAUGCACGUGCCGCGGUUGCACUGGAUCGUGGCGGACGACACGAAUAGUUGCAGCGAAGUGCUAAACAGUCACAUUAGGAAAUUCGGCAUACCGUACACGCAGCUCGCCAGCCCCAUGCCGACGAUGUACCGGGGACGGAAGAAUGCACCCCGCGGUGUCGCCAAUCGCCGGGCGGCCCUAAAUUGGAUCCGGCAAAAUCAGAAGAAAACGGGCGUCCUGUACUUUGGCGACGACGACAACACGUUCGAUCUGAAGCUGUUCAGCGAGAUUCGGUACACGAAGAAAGUGUCCAUGUUUCCGGUCGGCCUGAUUGGGGACUACGGUAUCAGUUCACCCAUCGUGCGAAACGGUCGCGUGGAGGGUUUCUUCGACUCGUGGCCCGCCAAGCGCAAGUGGCCGGUUGAUAUGGCCGGUUUCGCGGUCAGUCUCGAGUACCUGGCACUCAGCCCGAACGCAACGAUGCCGUUCAAGGCCGGCUACGAGGAGGACGAGUUUCUGAAGAGCAUCGGGCUGAAGCUGGAAGACAUCGAACCGAAGGCACGGAACUGUACGGAAAUACUCGUGUGGCACACGCAGACGAAGAGCAGCAAAUCGCCAACCAUACGAAUCUCAAUGGAUAGGCAGAAGCUAGAUAAGCUGAAUCUUGGCGCACUGCUGCGGCGGCUGGAAAGCAUGGGAGUGAAUCAUAUCAGCGAAUCGGAAGGCACCACGGCGCAGGCCAUCGUGAAUGGCAGUGUGAAGCCGUUUUCGUUCUGGUUUAGCUAAUAAGUGAAAUCCUGUUGAUGGCUGCUAGAUCUACAAUAGUACGUAAAGUAGUUUAACAUAGCUCACCAGCAACUGAACAAAGCCGCGUCAACAACGCGACAUACAUCUCCACUAUUUGAUUAGUUGCCAACAAUGUUUAGAAUUAUAAUUUUAAAAUGCUAUAUGCAAUCGACUCCGGUGCAAAACAAAAGCACUACCGCUUACAAUCGUACGAUUCGCGGGUAUUUCCUUGCCGUUCCUCAAUACUAAUUAUUAUCGAUCGAAAUCGAACGCAGAUCGCGCGUAAGCCAAGAUGAAUUUCAGUUGUUGAAGCAUUGUGACCCGUUUUAUCUUGUGUAUAAUCUACGCUUCUUUUGAGGGUCGGCCCCCUUCCCUGCAGUCGGUUUGUAGCUUUAAAAGCUAACGAAUCAUUUAAGCCAAAUAUUGCGAAUAAGUUGUCCAAACAGCAUGACCGGACGCAAAUAAGGAGUGUCGCGAUUCUACAUCGCAACGUUGCAUCAAAGACAAACUCAAAAAUGCAUCGCAAAGCGAAAUUACCAAUUGCAAACAAACGGUAACACUCAUUUUUAUCCCUGUAGCAUAUGGGUGACUGGCCGAAAGUAUCACAACUGCGACUAUAACCCUUACUACCCUUGUUUUAUAAAGUUGAUUUAACGUAUAGUCCCAUGUAAGCACACGAUAUUGAGUUAAAAAGAAGAAAACGUUUUACUUGUCCCGUCCAUGCAUUACUAAAUGUAUGGUAAUGUUAUUACGGUGAAUUAGAAAAGCUUACGUCCAAUCUUUUUUUUUACUGUUUUAGUUGUUGUUAAAACGAACAAAUCAAUACUGCUAGGAGUCUUACCACGUUUACCAAGUGCACAAAUUGUGUUUACCAUUUACUUAAAAUUGAAACGUUCGUUGUGUAAACGGCAAUGCUUUUAAACGAACCAAUUUAAUGUGUAAAAUUCAAGGAUCCGGUUGUACGAAUUACUGUUUGAUAUUCGUGUGUAAAACAUACAAACAACAUCAUUAGGUUGUGUAGGUAGAAAUAUUUGAAACUUUCGCUCUAUUUUUUCCUAGCCGCUGUGUGUUGUUCAUGCAUGAAACGAAUCUUUCUCCUCAAACUUUGCACCUUCUACCGGAUACAUUCCUUUGCUGAGGAACUUAUUUAAAACGCAAAGUAAAACAGUUAAAGCAUACUCUCAAUGAUCAAUAACACUAGUCUCGCUCUAGUAGCACCUUCCAGCAUUCGCUCCGGACACAGCACGAUUGCACAAAGGGAAGAACAAAACUACGUGUGUAUGGGAGGGAUAGAAUAGCUUUAGCUUUAGCCUAUAGGUUCCUUGUGAUAUUAGUUAAGCUUUUGGUGAGUACGGCAGAAUAUGUUAGAUUGGGUUUUUUCUACGCAUUGGCACAAAUACGAAGUGAAAAAGACAGAUUUAAUUAGCGCUUGACAAGGUGUACACAAUCACGUGGUGAAGGAUAAAACAGCAAGAGAUUAGGAAUCUGUACUGCAAAAUGUGCCACUGGAACUAUAGCGGUAGUGUUGCAUAAAGACAGGCUUAUCCCAUCGGGAAAAUAUUAUUGCAUUAUUUCUUCCAAUGUAAACGAAAAAGUAGAGUUCGGUUAAAAAAUUGCUUCGCUUGGAAUUGUUGUUUGGAUCGAGUGUUUUUUUCACCUUACAAAUAAUUAGUAUAACCAUUGCCGCAAGAUCAACGAGACAGGCACACUUUAUACUUAACUGCCCAAAAAUCGAUUUUUUUUUGUUUAAAUUAGGAAACAAAAUGCAUGUGUACAAAUGAUAUUCCUCGUUUGAUAUCAAUUCCAAUAGCUUAACCAUUUUUAACAAUGCUCCUCAUGGUUCAAGCUGUCCUUAAUGUAGAUACAAUUGAUUACCAGUGCUAUCAAACGACGUACCAUUACCAUUGCCCUUGCUGCACGGAUAAAAAAAAGAACAAAGCAAAAAAUCGAAUCGAUUGAAAGUACAAGAAAUACAAGAAAAAAACAUGGCAGUAAAGGACAACACUGUAUAAAACGCUGCUAGCUAGAUCGUAAACUUUUGAUAAUUUGGAUAUUUAAUAUCAAGUGAUCUUGGUGGAAAUUAGACGAAAAUAAAACAUUGGUACUGUAAAGGAAAAGAAA